UCAUUUGGUUCGGGAUUGGAAAAGUGGGAUGUUGGAUGAUCUAGGAACUCUGAAGAAGCGCACGCACACAAGUGAAAAAGUAAUAAUUCAUUCUUUUCAAACUGACUAAUUAGAAAUGCAGUACGGGUCUUGUAAAGAAUUUCGAGCGGGGGCUUGAAGCUCAAAGAAGUCUCGUUUUGGUGCAGUAAUUUCGGCAGAAAUGUAUGUUAAUGCCAGCCCCAGAAUUUGAGCCCCCUCCACACACAAAUGUUCUAAUAUCAUUCAAUGCCAGCCAUUCGGAAGUUUUUCAACGAAACAUCAUGUUCCACGUUGAAUUGAGAUUGAACUACAAUUUGAUUUCUUCCUCGACUCAAAAGCAAACGCACGCAUAUCCAAUCAUUCAAACACAUGAACAACAAAUCCACGUUCAUGCUUGUUCAGCAAUUAGUGAUUCAAUGCACAACUCAUCGGACCUGGAUUUUCACAUGGAGUAGCUCAAUAGGAUCCAGAUAUUCUCCGACACGGGGGUUCCAUCGAGCACGUGCGCGUUGUCGCGUUCAUCUGCAGGUAAUUUCUGCAUGAGUUGUCGCCAUGCUUGGAAUGAAUGGGACUAGUACAACCCACUUUUUUGAACGGGUCUGCGACUACCUUUUCUCGUAUCAUCUUCACCAUCAUUCUCAUCAUCACUCAUAGAGUAGAUACGUACGUACAUAUAGGGUAGACUCCUCCUCUUGAUCCCUUUGGCCAGCAAUCCAGGUGAAAACCAUCCACUUCAAAUGCAAACCAACUACCAGAAGUACACAACUCCCGUGGAGUCGUUCACGAGUGCGAGGGAGUGUAUGUAUAUAGUAUGUGCUCCUUUGUACCAGCCCCAACCAGCCGUGGUUUUCCAAGUGUUUUCCCAUUCCAACGGGAAAUAACUUGAGAAUAGACAGGAAAUAUGAUUCUGCUCCUCCUCGUUGGCUUUGCCUUGGACUCCACCUGGCUAAAGCGAAUUGAGGCCAAAAAUUAGCUGUGGGGAAAAAUUGGAUUGAGGUGCGUGGUUGACUCUCCCAUGCAAAGUGAUUGGAGUCGCCACAUUCAGAACGUGACUGGGUGAAAAUUGGAUCGCAAGAUGAACCAGCCAUUGGGAACAUUGGUUCAAAAAUGGCCCCGUGGUUUAGUGAUCUGCGUGUGGGGGUUCAUCUUGAGUCUCCAUUGUCUCAUGUUUGUGCUCGGAGCCCUAUUGGCCCCGCAAAUGUUCCACGAGGCCCACCAUGAGGGCACCUCGUGUCAACAACCCAAGAAUGGGCCUCCAACUUGGUACUCGAAUUCCACCUCCACUGGCAACUGCAUUCCAUUGCAACCAGGUGAACGGGCGGCCUUGGGAAGAGUGAUUACCUCAUUUAGGUUCCCAAGAGCAGGAGAUGAGGUUUCCAGUUACUCCAUUUGGAAUUGGAAGCUCACCGCCAGCCUCAUGCUAGAUGUGACCUUUUACACCAAGCAAAACAUCCCAGAACCAUUCGAGACCAGUGUUAUCCUUCUGAAUGAUAGUCUGAUGAACGAUCCGGAGAAUGUCAGUUCCUUGGGCAACAACAAUGCCCCUGGAUUUACCAUUGGUCAACGAUUAGUUCCCACCGUUAUGAGGGCCAACUUGGAUUCUGCGCCCAUGUUGGAUUUCGCUCAAACCUCCGAGAACAAAAGUGGCUGGAAAAGAGAUGCUCAAAUCUAUAUUGAACGAGACCUUGAAUGCACUUUAUCUACCAGCUAUAACAAUAGUCUGGUGCAAGAUAUGGAUAUGACCGCUCAGUACAUUUGCUCUUUGAAUCCGUUUCUGAACCUUCACUUCCCCGAGAACAAUUCAAACAUCAUUACGUUGGAGUUCAUGCCGAGGAAAACCUCGGAAUUAUCGCCACUCAAUCAGAUCGAAAGCAAGUUUUUUGACAUCCCGGCCGACAUCAAUGCAUUUCUGACUUUGAUCGUGGAAGAUGGCAUGUACCAUUCCUGUAUUUUCUACAUGAAAUGCGCUUUUACUCCCUUCGUCGUUACGGCCUUGCUAUGGUUUUGCAUUCGCAUGUACCUGAAUGACCUUUUCAUCAGCAUUCCUGACCGUCUUCUCAUCACCUCGGCCUUGGCCCUGUUCGUCCAAAACAUCCCUUGUGAAGUCAUUGCCUCCCAAUGGCCAGAACCCUACGUUAAACUCUUGGACGAGAUGGCCUAUCUGGCCUUGACUUGUUCCCUUUUACUCUUUUGGGUGGUCUAUACCAAGGACAAACUGGCUCAAAACGAGCCUUGGGAACGCAACACCAAGUAUUAUUGGCGCCAAAUGUUCUUAAUUGUGUUCACGGUUUUGGUGGCCGCACUCUUUGUCAUGUAUCUUCGCAGUCCGACCUAUCAAAACCCAUUCAAGAACCAUUGGCAAGCGGGAACUACCGUGAUCAUUUCCUUGACGUUCAUCUUUGGAUUGGCCAUUUCAGCCAUGAUCUAUCAAACGUAUUUGUCCAUCCUUAUUUGUAAAGUCAUUUGUGACGUUUCCAUUCAGUAUCCUUGCCUAGAGCGGGUUUGGCGGAUCAAGAUGGUCCUGCUCUAUUGUUUCUUCAUGUCAGUAUUAACAGUGGGUGGGUUCGUGCUCCAACUCGCGAUUCAACUGGGUCUGAACUGGAAUCCACAAUUCUACAUGGAACCAGUUCCAUUCUACUUGUCCUAUUCCAGUCCCAUGCUCAUUGGCCUUCAAGGAGCUUGGAACAUUCAUGUGAUAACGCUCUUGAUCCUUCUCUCUCGAAGUAAACGGUGCCUACCGGAUUAUAUACGUCCGGUUAAGUACACCCGACAAGGGUCGUACAGCGUGGAAGCCAAUAUUAAUCACUGUUCCUCCAGCGACAAAUACCCCAGCGACUUGGACAACCCUGGGGACGACAAGGAUGAGGACUAUGAUGACAAAGUCUUCUUGGAUGAGCCAAUGCCAAUCGAGGAGGCGAUUCAUCUGUGGGAGAUUGGUGAUCUGGCCACUCCCCAGAGUCACGAGUACAUUUGGAAGGCCCAUCCAGAAUAUGAGCAUAAUGGCUAUCAAUUGGCCAUGUCUAGCACGUCACCUCUUCCAGAGGAAGAAGUACAUUAAUAGGCGUCAUUUAAUGUUAUUGUCUCGCUUUAAAUUGCUUCAAACCCAAAUAAAUUGUCAUACUCUAAACUCUGUUGAGAAAAAAUAUAUUUAUAAACAGAGAUAUGGAAGGUUGAGAGAGUGUCCCACCCUAAAGUUACGCGUCAAAAUAAUAAAAGAAAUCUUUCUUUCAUAAAA